AUGGGACGAAAUAUUUUAAAAAGUAGCUUAGAAAACGCCUCAUUCACCAUCAUCUUCCAGAUACUGUUCAGAUGCAUAACAUUUAUAUUGAAUGCUUACAUUAUACGCACAGUAGGCCAAGAAGUUCUCGGUAUUAUGAAUGUGAGGCUACUCCUAUUAGAAUCCACGAUAUUAUUUCUAUCCAAAGAGCCUCUACUGAAGGCCUGUCUGACUAACACGAGCGCCAGAAAUUGGGCACAAGUCAUUAAUUUAAUCUGGUUAUCUGUACCUUUGUCUGGUUUAAUUAACAUUUCGUUUGUGUACGUGUGGUUAAACGUUUUAACUCCUACGGAUGAUAAGUAUUUAAUACAGUACAAGUUCGGUUGUUACGCUGUGGCCUUUUCCUGUUUAGUCGAACAACUAACGCAAGUUACGGUGCUCCUAGCGCAGAAUUUUUGUUUCGUUAAAUUAAAAGUGGUUGUAGAUACGAUUUACGUUGUUAGUCGUACCGUUAUCUUCGUGUAUUUUAUAGAGUACGAUCGAGAUCGACCGAUAAACGCAUUUUCAAUCGCUCAAAUAGCCUCUUCUGUUGUACUAAGUCUAUCGUAUUACGCGUUUUUCUAUUGGUACAUUCGUAAUUUAAAUAAAGUAAGAGCCCUCGAGAAAAAGGAAACACGAAACAGCAUGUUUUCCGAUAUGGGAGAUUUCCCUUUGACGUCAUUCUGGCAAUUAUUUCCAUGCGUUAUGCCUAAUAAGGAGAAAAUUUUAGAUACCAAAUUGUGUUUACUAACAGUGAGUUUCAUCAAACAGUCCGUAGUUAAACAGAUUUUAACUGAAGGUGAGAGGUACGUAAUGACUAUAUCACCAGUACUAACAUUCAGCCAACAGUCUAUGUACGAUAUCGUGAACAAUUUAGGAAGCCUUGCGGCUAGAUUCAUCUUCCGUCCGAUCGAAGAAUCCUCUUACUUCUAUUUCACGCAGAUGAUAAAGCGAGACGAGCCGCUAGGCAAGCAAGAAAAACAAAGAAUCGCCGAAUCCGCGGAGGUUUUGAGCCAAUUGUGCAAGGUCGUGGUAACCAUCGGUUUGUUGGUGGUUACGUUCGGACAGGCGUAUAGCUAUUCCUUUUUGUAUCUUUACGGGGGCGCUAAGUUAGUGGAAAGCCAUCUACCGGUGGUUUUGCUGAGGUUCCACAGUUUCGCCAUAGUUUUAUUAGCUGUAAACGGAGUAACCGAGGGUUACGUGUUUGCCACUAUGAACAAUCGACAAUUAGAUAGAUACAAUUACUUGAUGGUGAUAUUUUCCGUAUCGUUUUUGCUUAUUUCUUACGUUUUUACGUACGUUUUCGGGCCGGUGGGAUUUAUUCUAGCGAAUUCUAUUAACAUGAUUGCCCGGAUAGCUCAUAGUUUAAAUUAUAUAACGAAGCAAUAUCAACACGUUGAGUACAAGCCGUUAAAUGGAUUAUAUCCUGGGUAUAAAUUCAUCGUAGCUCUUAUAGUAUCGGGAUUAUUUACAAAAUUAUCAGAAAUAUUUCUAUUAAAUAAAUCAAUAAUUCUUCAUAUCGGUAUAGGAGGAAUAUUCUUCCUUUUAACGAUUACUGUAUGGGCCUUCGAUAAUCUACAAUUACUGAAACUAGGAUACAACAAAUAUAAAAGAAAAACUUCACUUAAAGAAGACUAA